AUGCGCAGGCUGCGAAGCGUUGUUUUUCGACCUCCGCGUACGAAUUUCCCCCACACUGACGAAUUCCUAGACCGGCAACUUGAUUACACCAUCGCGCACUUCUCCUCCAACCCACCUUCCACGUUUCCCUCCACCAACGUCCCACCACCACAGUUUCAACACGACAUUCCAACCCAUCAACUGCUGAAAGAAACGAUGGCGAAAGCAGCAGCAACCACCACCACUUCGGCAGCGAGCAACAUGCUCGACGUGCUCAUCAUCGGUGCUGGAUGGUCCGGUCUCUCAGCCGCCCUCAAACUCUCGCAAGCCGGCCGCAAAGUGGCUAUCCUCGAGGCGAGGGAGCGAAUCGGCGGUCGAGCAUUCACGCACACCUGGUCGGACAAGACGGACGUCAACGACAAUUCCCGCACGGUCUCGUCUCCUGGUGCUGCGGAUUACUGGUGCGAUUUCGGUUGCUCCUGGAUGCACGGAUAUAUGGAAGGCAGCCCUCUGAAAGGGCUAACUGACAAGUACAGUAUUCCAGUCACUAUUCCGAGUCCACGCGAGACGGUUGUGGUCGGUGAGCAGGGUCCUCUGUCGCAGAGUCUGUCGCAAAAGUUGACAGGCAACCUGGGAAAGGCCCAGGAGGCGGCAAAGGCUGCGGCGCACGACGAAUCGGCGACACCGCCGGACGCAAGUACUUCGCUCGCCGAUUUCCUUUACAGCAGCCAAUCGCCCCUCUUUGCCGGUCUCGAGUCCGAAGGCGAGAAGAAGGCGGCUCGCGACUUGGCGAGGAUGCUCCACAUCCCUCUCGGUAUCGAGCUUGAAAAAGCCAGCCUCAAAUGGCACGGCUUCGAGAACGGAUUCGCCGGCACGGACGCUGCUCCCCAGGGCGGGUUCACCACGAUCAUCAACAAGCUCGUCGACGAAAUCUCCUCGCUGGGAGCGUCGAUCCACACGAGCCAGGAAGUACAGUCGGUUCGUGACGAAGACCAGUCGAACAACGUCAAGAUCACCACCAAGCAGGGUCAAGAGUACACCGCACGCACUGCCCUUGUCACCAUCCCCAUCGCUAUCCUUAAAAAGACGGCGGCCGGUCUAUUUGAACCUGCGCUGCCCGAGCGAAGGCUAGAGACGAUCAAGCGUGUUUCCGUGGGUAACCUGAACAAGGUUCUCUUGCACUACGAGCAGCCCUGGUGGAACGGCAAGACGGGCACGUUCCUCGUUCUGCCCUCGUCCGCGCCUGCGCCAUCGUCGAUCAAAAGCGAUGCUGAAAAGAAGCUAUGGGAGCUCUACUCGUCCACCACGCUGAUCGUUUCGUCGCUGUCGCCGGCAGAUGACGCUUCGGCAAAAGCAGGCAACAAUGCGUCUAACUCGUUGCUCGUCAUGGUGGGUGGUGAGGCCGGCAAGCAGCUCGAGGCGUUCGAGCGUCUAGAUGCCGGAAACGCCCUUCACGCCUAUCUGACUGCUCGAAUCGGAGGUAGCGAUGAGGCAAGCGGCAAGCUGCCCAAGCACAUUUUCUACUCCAGGUGGGGCAAGCAAGCUUUCACGGGCGGCGCGACCACCUCGCCCGUAUCCACAGCAAGCGGCACCUCGCCGUUGGACUUCGAGGCGCUUUCACGACCGCUUUGGAAUGGCCGUCUUGGCUUCGCUGGUGAACACACCGAGAUCAACCAUCGUGGAUCGGCUGCCGGUGCCUAUGUGUCCGGCGAGCGGGAAGCCAACCGGUUGCUUGCUUACUUGGACAAGCUGCAUCCCCGAACAGCCAACAAGCUCUGA